GCAAGCUACAACCUUAUCUUAUCUAAUCGGCGCUACGCCUGCCGCUAACCUUGCCGUAUGCAGGUGCACGCACGUACGCAGGCAGGCAGGCAGGCAGCCUACCUAAUUAAGCGGCAAGCCGACCGUGACCACGACCGUCACCGGAGCCAACACCGCCAGCCUCACUUUCUUCCCCUGUUCUUUCUUUUUCCUCUUGUUUGCCUUUCUAUUCCAUCCCGUUCAUUAUUCAUUACUCUUCUACUACAGUUUACGAGACGCGCUGGGCUUCGCCAGUCACCACCAUGUCGUUCCCCGGCGAUUGAGCCUACACCACGACCAUACAUCCAUCCUCACGAUACCUUUUCUCGAUAUACUCUUAUCUACCAGCUCCCAGGACACCUCGACCGAGCCCAUCAUGGCAGCUUCAUCAUCAGCCUCCUCCCGACGGAGCCAGCACUCGUCGUCAGCCUCUCUCAAAGCCCCCUCUUCAUCUUCCCGCCAUCAACAACGCUCCCCUCGGACGUCGACGACCGACGCAACUGCCUCGACCGAUGACCUCGUCAAUUACCUGCUCGCCGCCAAACGCGCCCUCUCCAGCAUGACCCUCGUCUUACACGGCCACACACUGACCAACACCGCGCGCACCCUCCACGAGGACACCGCCAUCCUCGCCGCCCAGUCCCGCUUCCUGCGCGCCAGCAUCGCCGAUGCGGCCACCAUUCUCGUGCGCCUUAGGAGGACCUUUCAGGGAACAUACGACUGGGCGAGCAACGACUUCAAGAACCUGAUACGCGCCAUGGACGAGACGGACGGCGCGCUCGACAAAACCAUGGGCAUGCUGCGGAGCACAAGCGUCAAGAGCGUCCUGCGCCCGAAAGGCGAGGAGACGCGCAGCCUACUCGACUUUCUAGACGUGGAGAGCGUCGAUGGGCUGCGCGAGGCCAUGAAGAAGAGCAUCGAGGAGCUGCAGGGUAUACAGCAGUCCUUUGACGGGGACCUGUUGCGGUUCGACACGGACAUUCGCAACCUCAAGAAACUCAUGCAGGAGGCGCCGCCCGAGGUCGACCUGGCGGCAGACGAGCGCGCGGAUCGCCUGGCGGCCCUGGUGGAGAGGUCCGCCAACAUGGCCCAGUGCCUCUCCGACCUGACGAACCACUUUGACAUGUGCGUGACCGCCAUCCGCACGACAGAGGGGGCCGCGGCCCUCGCGAGGCGCAAAGCAGCCGAGGCACCGGGUCCAGACGGCGUCUCCAUCUCUGGCGUGAUAGCCGAGCAGGACGAGUCGGAUCUGGAGCCCAAGACGGCCGAGGACAGGGCUGAAAUGCUCAAGGUCGUCGUGCAGGACGCCGCCGAGGUGGACGACGUGGUCAAGGACAUCCAGGACAACUUUGCCGCCAUUGAGCAUGAUGUGCACGCGAUGGACGAGGAGCGCGCGACCGCCAAAGCGAUACACACCAACACCCUCGCGGCAUACUCGGCCAUUGGCGAGAUUGGCGACCGCCUUGGCGCCUAUCUCGCGGCCGAGGAGCAUUUCCGCCAACGGUGGGAUCUGGAGAAGGACGUCGUCCACGGGAAGCUGGACGAAAUGAAACAGCUCCGCGAGUUUUAUGAGCGGUACUCGUCAGCGUACGACGGUCUCGUGCUCGAGGUGGAGCGUCGCAGGGGCGUCGAGGAUAAGAUCCAGAGUAUAUGGCGCAAAGCCCAGGAAAGCGUGGACAAGCUGCUUACGUUGGACAUGGAGGCGCGGGAGGCCUUUCGCGCUGAUGUCGGCGAGUUCUUGCCCACAGAUCUGUGGGACGGCGUGCAGGGUCCCGCGACGAGGUACGAGGUCGUGCCUGUGGAGGAGGGGAAGAAGCAGGAGGAGCAAUGAGUGAGGGUUGGAUAUUAGGUAUUGGCAAUCUGCUUGCUUGCUGUACAGUAUGGGUGGCGCUUGGGCACGUGUAUUUGGUUGUUAAUUAGUUUGGCGCUGUAGGAUCACGGCGUUCAGGGACUUGGGUACGGUUACAGGCAACAUCUUGGUAUAUCUAUCAUACGUGUUGAUACUAGCAUAAGAUGAAGCUGUGGUGUUUAUUGUGCCUCGCU